UUCAGUUCAGAGCAGCCAAGAUGAUCCACUGUUUCCAGUUCCUCAUUGAGCCGGCCAAGAACUUCACUGUCAAGUUUAAGGAGUCUCGCAAGAAGGCGAACGAUGAGAAGAAAGAGACUUUGGAUGAGAGCCAAGAAUUUAUUGUGAACCUGGCCAAGGACAUGAGCAGAGUCUGCCAGAUGUCUGAGGUGUUGGAGCACAUCACCAGCUGUGAAGACAUCUGGCCCACAUUGAACUGUAGGGCUUUUAUUCUGGAGUGGGGAUCCCUGCUGGAGAGCAAGAAAAGGCCGCUGCAGACUGAUGGCUGGCCAGAGAAGAGCGACUGGAAGGAACUGUCUGUGAGCAGCGAGCAGGAUGUAGAGAGCGCAAAAAGGCUGAUCAUGACCUGGAUCAAGGACCUGAGGGCCCAGCCGGAGCAGAGCGUGUGGCCUGGUGAGCAGGUGAUGGCGGUGCUGGAAGAUCUGGAGAAGCAGUGGCGGCGAGGCCGUGUCCCGACUCUGCAGGCUGCCAUGGAGCUGAUCUUCUGGACUUUGAUGACUAAGGAGCUGAACAAGGAGACCAUUCCUCAGCAGUGGCUCAUCUGGAAGCAAAAGAGUCAGAAAAUCGGUGCUACUCCUUAUAUUCCUCAGUCUGUAUGGGACUGGAUCUGUGAUGCUGCAGUGGAGGUGACCCUCGACUUGGACACGGCGAACCCGGACCUUCUGAUUUCUGCUGACGAGAAGCGCAUGCGCUGCGGUUUCGACCGCCAAGAAAUUGCCAAUUACCACCAGCGCUUCGAUGGCUGGUGGUGCGCUGUGGGCACCGAGGGCUUCAGCUUGGGUCGGCGCUACUGGGAAGUCGACGUGGGCGAGAUGGACUGGAGGCUGGGCGUAGCUAAAGAGUCCGCGCUGCGCAAGGGCUUCAAGUCGCUCAACACCAACACGGGUUACCUGACCCUGCGUCUGGAGCGAGGCAAUGAGCUGAAGGCGCUCACGGUGCCCUUCACCGCACUCCCAGAGUCCCUUAUCCCGCGCAGGGUCGGAGUCUACCUGGAUUACGAGCACGGCCAGCUGUCGUUCUACGACGCCGAGCGCCACUCGCACAUCUACACGUACAACGAGCGCUUCGACGAGAAGCUCUUUCCCCUCUUCGGUACGGUGGAGAUUGUCAGUGACCUGGUGAUCAGAUCCCCCGGUGACAGGGGUAACUGCCUGUGCCUCUGGGGCUGAGGGUCUGACCCUGACCCGGCGUUUUUUUUUUUUUUUCCUCAAAAUUAUUGGCACCCCACAAUAUUUAGUGAAUGGGUAACAAGUCGUCACCUAGUGAAUGACAGCAAUCCUUAGUUCUGUUAAGCUCUGUAUAGCUCUGACCACUGAGUUAACAGUCUCUUCUCGCUGCUGCUGCUUUUAUUGUACUUGCUGUAGUACGACGUGCACCUUAUUAGAAAGCAAUCUGCGCACUUUCAUGUACUUGACAAAUGAUUAUGUAUUAGCUGUGAUGUGAGAUAGAAUUCCAGCCAUAAAAAUGCACUUUCUGUGAAUAACAAGUCUAAAUAAAGUUCUUUACGCUCAAACCA